AUGGCAAAAAUAGACACUAACAACCCAAAAGUCUUCUUAGAUAUAACUGCAGAUGGAUCGUACCUGGGCCAGAUAGUUAUCCUUCUGGCAGCAGAUGUAGUCCCAAAAACAGCUGAAAACUUCAGGCAACUUUGCACUGGAACUGCAAAGGACCUUAAGGGAUACAAAGGCUCUAUUUUCCACAGAGUUAUUAAGGACUUUAUGAUCCAGGGCGGAGACUUCACGAAGGGAAAUGGCACUGGAGGAGCGAGCAUAUACGGGGCUAAGUUUGCAGAUGAGAACUUCAAGCUGAAGCACGAUGAGCCAUACUUGCUCUCAAUGGCAAAUGCUGGACCAAACACAAACGGAUCGCAGUUCUUUAUAACGACAACAGUCACGGAGUGGCUUAACGGAAAACACGUUGUAUUUGGAAAAGUCAUUGAAGGUGCUGAUGUAGUUCGAAAGAUCGAAGGAACACGCACGGAUGGAAGCGAUAGACCUAUUUCCAGGAUUGUAAUAUCCAACUGCGGAGAGAAAUAA